UUUCAAGUUUUGGCAACAACAAAAGAAUAUUCAACAACAAUGGCAAUGGCUUUCAAGAUGGCUACAACUGGGAUGUGGGUCACUGAAGAAUGCAAGAACUCAUUCAUGGAGAUGAAAUGGAAGAAAGUGCAUAGAUAUAUUGUGUUCAAGAUCGAUGAGAAAUCAAGGCUCGUGACCGUCGAUAAGGUCGGUGGCCCUGGCGAAAGCUAUGAUGAUCUUGCUGCAUCAUUGCCUACCGAUGAUUGCCGAUAUGCUGUGUUUGAUUUUGAUUUCGUCACCGUUGAUAAUUGUCGGAAAAGCAAGAUCUUCUUCAUUACAUGGUCCCCGACGGCAUCAAGAACUAGAGCCAAAAUGCUGUAUGCAACAUCCAAAGAUGGGCUGAGAAGAGUGCUAGAUGGCAUCAGCUAUGAAGUUCAAGCAACAGACCCAACUGAGAUGGGAAUUGAUGUGAUUAAGGACAAAGCCAAUUAGGAUUAUAUAUAAUCAUAUAAAACUUGUUUAUGAGCAUCUUACUUUUAUUUAAUAACUCCAACAACAUGU